UGAUAAAUCUACGAGGAAUCGAAGCGAGAACAUUAGAUAUGGCAGAAACCGCUCCAGUAGCUCCCGCCUCAGCGCCGGCUAAGGCGCCAAAGAAGAAAGCUAGCUCCAAGCCCAAGAAGACUGGUCCUAGUGUAUCUGAUUUGAUCGUAAAGGCUGUGUCGGCUUCAAAGGAGCGACACGGACUCUCUUUGGCUGGGCUCAAGAAGGCUCUUGUGGCUGCCGGCUACGAUGUGGAGAAGAAUAAUGCCCGCGUGAAGCUUUCUGUAAAAAGUCUUGUGAACAAAGGCACCCUCGUUCAGACUAAAGGUACUGGCGCCUCCGGAUCAUUUAAAAUCAACAAGAAGCAGGCAGAGACUAAGGAAAAAGUCGCAAAGAAAAAGGCGGCUCCGAAGAAGAAACCAGCGGCGAAGAAGCCCGCAGCAGCCAAGAAAGUAAAGAAGCCAGCCGCUAAGAAACCUGCAGCUGCCAAGAAGGCGGCUAAGAAGCCUGCCGCAGCCAAGAAAGCCACAAAGAGUCCCAAGAAAGCUAAGCCGGCUGCAAAGCCUAAAAAGGCAGCCAAGAGUCCGAAGAAGCCCAAAACGCCUAAAGCUAAGGUGACCAAGCCUAAAACCGUAAAGAAAGCGGCACCCAAAAAGAAGUAAAUUGAUUUGACGUUUGCCUAAACAAACG